ACCGUAGGGGAGCACCACGUCGGCAUGUCGGCUCACGGCGGCGGGCAGGCGGGCACGGGAGACACGCCGCCGGAGAAGCAGCUGAACGGCUUUGUCCGCGCGGUCGCGCUGAUCGAGCGGCUGGGCAACGCCUUCGGCACGCUCGCCUUCACCUGGGCUACCGUCGUCCUGCUGGGGGGCUAUCCCACGGUGCUCCGCCAAGACUGCGACUUUUGGUUCGCAACCACCAUAGUUUUCCUAGAAGCAGCAAGGAUGUUUAGCCGCAAUAACAAAUUGGAUUACCAAUUGUUCUUUCACACAAGAGGUGCUUUAAAACCUCUUGGAUGGAAUGGGCUGACUGUGGUUGCAAUUUUUACCGGCGUUUUCGUAUUAUUGGUCUCCUUGAAUCUGCCAGCAUGGCCUGCACUGGUGUUGCUGGUUACACCUGCAGUAGUCCGGUUGUUCCCAGAACCUGCAACGUCGUCAGUCAGAGGCGAUCUGCUACGCCGUGCCAUAUCGUUAUUGGGCCCCUUCGUUCCAAUUUUAUUUCUCGGCCUCAUUCUGUUCCGUGCAAUAACUAAGGAAGGAAUUGACACCAGUCGAAUGGCCGAAUUGGUAGCGUCCGUACUACUAUUUCUGGUUCUGCUCCUUUUGACGAUCAGCAGGCUGCGGUUUCCAUGCAUAAUCAAACUAGUUGAUCAUGCUCUGGGCAGCAAACAAGAGUUUUGGCAUGGAAUCAUUUUGAAUUCGUGCAUGCUUACUACAGGAGUGCUGUUGCCUUUUGCUUCUCAAGACGAUUUUCCUUUGGGCAUUAUCACAAUUGAAUUAAUUGCUGCAGCGAUAGUGUCAUUGGGCAAUUUACAGAUUCCAGCAGCAAUUGUGCGCGUGGUGCUCGCACUAAUACGUCUUGUAUCACAAGACUACUACGGUGAUAAUGUCAAGAAGAUUGACAAUAGUGACCCUGGGGAUGGGGCCAAGAUAAACCUUGCACCAUCCCUAAAUAUAUUCUACGGGAUGGUGCUUGGUCAAGGAACACUAUACAGUGUGGCCUGCAUACUCGAGCUAUUUUCUUUCAUCCCUCGAAGAUCCCUUGCUCGUCGUGGUGGCUUCGGAGGUCAGUGGGGACUGGAGUCUGUCAAUCUUUACUAUGCAUAUGCCUUUGAGAAAUACAUGCAGGGGGAUGUGCUUGCUCCAAAGGAGAUCAACCUCAACAACUUUGUUGUCGAUUCUGUAAACUCAGAAACGCCUAAGAUGCAGCGCCAUGGGAUUCGGAUGAUGCACUGUCUUCUGCAGAAGCAGCCAGCUAGGAGAUGGUUCAUUUUGAAACUCAACGGGUCUAUGGAAACGAUGGCCAGGUUAGUCAACAUGCUGGACUGGAGAAGCCCACAGGAUACAACUGUUAGAUUGUUUGCUGCAAAAGUCACCGUUGAGCUCGCAACAAGCAUCCGAGCUGUAACUGUACCUGGGAUUAUUCAGGUUGUAUCUGCGCUUCUGGAAUGCGGCAACCAACAGAAAAGAGGAAACCCACUAUUGGACACCAAAGUUGGACAUGAGAAAAUACUUGAUUCAGUUCUGAAUGCCGACGAUAACCAAGAGGAAAGGCUUGAUGCGGCUCCAGACACUGCCAUCCUAAUGGAAACACAAGACCGCUCAACCCAGCAAGUUGGAACUGCCGAACAGAAGUCCAGGAUAUUCAGAUGUUGUCAAGGGAUCUCCAAGUUCUGGUCAAUUCCUCAGGAGGAACCAUUGACAGAGCAAGAUCUUCUACCUGCACUGGCCAUGUUAAUUCUCGAUGACCUUGCUAGCUGUGAUCAAGGAAAUUGUAUGGAAAUCAGCAGGGCAAGUGGUCUCAUCCCCAAGAUCAUAGCAUUCACAAGCUGCAGAAGAAGUGGCACCACAUAUACCGACGCACAACGGAAGGUCCUAGUGAAGUCAUCAGCGAAGUUGUUGCACAGGCUCACCAGUGUUGAAGGGGAAAUUGGCAUAACGUUGCGGCAUAUGGUAUUUAAAUAUCCCUUUCUCCUGAGAAACCUUGCGGAGAUCCUGGGAGACGGUACGAGCAGCCAAGAAGUAAGAACGUUGGUGGAAGGAAUCAUCAGAAACCUUGCCAUUGAUGAGAACGCAAGGAAAGCGAUUGGGCGCAUCCAAGUGAUAAUUACCUUGUUGAUGCAGGCAUUUCUCAAACCAGACAGACCCUCCAGUACGGAGGCUGAUAAGUUGCUACGGGAGGUGGCCGGGCAGGCACUGGCAAUGUUGGCAAUGGACAGUGUCAACAACUGUGUGGCCAUGUUAGGGGAAACAGGGCAUGAGUUCAUUGGGGUACUCACAAGUAUGAUCCAUAUUGACAGGUACAGAUGCGUGGCAGCAAGUCUGUUGCGGAAUAUUUGCCACCACGCUCGACCUGAGCUUAAAGAGCCGGACCUGAUGGAACUAUCUUACUGCUUGAGACAGGCAUUGGAAAUAAUAUUGGUUGCAGACGAGGAGGCAGAACUAGAGAUUUUCAUUGGCCUUAGUUCACAGAUAUGCAAAGUCAUUCCACGAGACUUCGCCCGGGAACUAGAAGACGGCCAUCUCAAGGAUAUAUUCGUGAAGCGGCUCGUAGACGCCCUGAACGCAAACAUGGAACCCAGCACUCACUGCCCCGGGAUCAGGAGGGUGAUACUCGAGCAAGCCAUAAACAUGAUGGAACAUGACUCCUGCUAUGCGAACUGCUUCAUCGACCGCCGCAUGGCGGAAGCACUGUCCAUGGUGGAAGAGACAGCCUCGGAGGCCGAGAACUACAGCCUUUUCCUGGGCGAUGUAGGGCUGAUGGAGGCCCGCAUGCCCUUGUCCUCCCUUGUGGCGACGGCCAAACAGCUGCUGGCCAUCCGUCGAAGCUGACAAGCACCCCAUCAUCAUCAUGGAUACAGAUUGUAUUGUAGUUGUGUUGUUGUGGUGUCCUUUUCUUUUACUUGAGUUGCUAGGUCCAGAGUUGUUGGAGUGAAAGCGAGUCCCGUAUCCCAAAUCCCAUGUAUUCUUAUGCGCUGUGAAAGAGAUUCUUAUUGCUAUUAUAAUUACUUUUGUGAU